AUGGACCUAUUCUCCGCCGCCUGCGAAAACUUCGGUCUGGUCAUUAACACGCAGAAGACGGUGGUGAUGCACCAACCGUCACCCAUCUCAGCCACAGCCUCCAACGCGUCGCCGCAAAUCAGCGUGAACGGAACCCAACUGCAAGUGGUGAAGAACUUCCCGUACCUGGGCAGUACCCUCUCCCGCGACACCAAGAUCGGCGACGAAGUCGCCAACAGGAUCUUGAAAGCCAGUCAAGCCUUCGGUCGCCUCCAAAGCACAGUUUGGAACCGUCACAAUCUUCAACCAAGCACGAAGCUGAAGAUGUACAAGGCCGUCAUCCUGCCGACGCUACUGUAUGGAACGGAGACUUGGACGGUGUACACAAAGCAGGCACACCGACUGAACCACUUCCACCUCAGUUGUCUUCGUCGCAUCCUGAGGCUGAACUGGCAGGAUCGAAUCCCCGACACUGAAGUACUGGAACGAACGGGAAUCCUCAGCAUCUACUCCAUGUUGAGACAAAUGCAGCUGUGCUGGAGCGGCCACCUGGUGCGCGUGGACGACGAGCGACUACCCAAACGACUCUUCUACGGAGACAUCGCGAUGGGUUCUCGCCGUCAAGGAGGCCAGAUUCGCCGUUACAAGGAUACCCUGAAGUCCUCCCUGAAACGCCUGCAAAUCAACACGGCCAACUGGGAAGAGCUCGCACUCGAUCGACCGAUCUGGAGGAGGACAGUGAAGACAGGCGCUGCGAUCUACGAAGCCAAUCGCAUCGCUGCCGCCAAGGCGAAACGCGAAGCCCGCAAAUCCCAACUUCGCCCAGUACGCAACGCCGCCCCACAACCGCUUCCAGCGUGUACUCGAUGUCAACGGACAUUCCGGGCUCGAAUCGGACUUGUUGGACAUCUUCGGAUCAACUGCGCCUCUCGAACCGCACCAACCAUCGACCCCCCGCCCGCGUCUUCCUCCCCUCCGUCGACAACUAACUCUGACAAUUCUUCUGAACCACCACUUCCAUCCUCCUCCUCCUCCUCCUCCUCCUCCUCUUCCUCAUCCUCCACUGCUCCAACGGCGGCCGUUCAGGCGACUGUCACGCGCGCAACGACCGACACUACCACCACCUCCCCCGACUCAAGUGAUGAGGAUCAGGACUACACCUGCUCCCACUGCGACCGCACCUUCACCUCACACAUCGGCCUGGUCGGUCACUUGCGAAUCCAUCGCACAGAGACUGGCGAACCAGUGCCUGGAGCACCAACCUAUACCCGCCACGCUCGACUCAACCGCCCACGCUGCCCUCGCACCUUCAGGCAUCGCAUGGGCCUAUUCGGCCACAUGCGCAUCCACGACGACCUGCGGUAG